AUGGACCGUCCAGUCACGCCUCCGGCUCCCUCGGACAGACCCAGAACUGCUUCGUCACAGACCCCAGAAAUGGUCAGACGCAUUGGAGAGAGUCGACUUCGUGCCAAAGCCAUCCGCGAGCAACGGGAGGCCGAAGAGAGGGCGGCGGGGACUGCAGUAAGACUGCCCAAGUCGGCUGCUGGAUUCAUACCUACAGAGAAUGUUCACGUUUCGAAACUUUCAAAUGGAAAGCGACCUUAUACCGACAUUUCAACUGGCGAUAUUGCCGGGGGCAACAACCGUGACGGUCGCAAUGUGGGCGAUGAGGCGGCCUUGAAACCAGCGCGCAAAUUUACCAAGUUUGUAGACUACAAUAUGAGCUCGAUGACAGACACAAAAGGCGGCUUUCUUUCCAUGGAAGACGACCCCAAUAACUAUGCGUUGGGCGCACAGAAACCAGGACAGACAGAUGAACAGCGGCCAAAAGGAAUGACCAUCCAAGAGUGGGAGAAACAAAAAACGAUACAAAACCUAAAAAGACUAAAAGCAGGGCCCUUUGAACCUGGCAUUAGCGUUUUGGAUGACCAAAAGACGAGAAAAAAGUGCAGAGAGUGCGGUAGCCUGGAGAUAGACUUUGUAUGGGAAGAAGUUUUUCAUAUUUGUGUGUGCAACAACUGCAAAGAUAAAUACCCCGAAAAAUACUCCCUAUUGACAAAGACGGAGUGCAAAGAGGAUUAUCUUUUAACAGAUCCUGAGCUGCGAGAUCCUGAAUUACUUCCUCAUCUGAACAAGCCAAAUCCGCACAAAUCUCAUUGGCACGACAUGAUGCUCUUUCUGCGUUUCCAGGUAGAGGAAUACGCCAUUGGUACCAAAUGGGGCUCAGCAGAGGCACUAGAUGCAGAAUAUGAACGACGUGAGACACAAAAGAAGGCGCGCAAAGAAGCCAAAUUCAAGGAGAAACUACUGGACCUGAAGCGAAAGACGAGAACCGAAGCGUUCCGACGACAAGCUGGGACGUUAGGCAACAAGAAUGGGGCGCCGAGCAAAUUUGGCGAUGCCGUGGGAGGAGGAGGCCGGCAUGUGCAUGAAUGGGGACGGACAGUCGAGAACGAAGAGGGGAUGACAAUCAAGACUUGCGUAACGUGCGGAAUGGAGGUGGAAGAGCUGGAAUUUUGA